AUGUUCUCACGUUCAGUAUUCCGGAGCCUAGCCGCUGACUUGCGGUUGUCUGCUCCAUCCUCUAUUUCCUCUGCAGCUCCCCUUCGGCAACGAGCUUGCUUGCACCAAACCGCCCUGCUCCGAACACAGCAACAAGAGAUCCAGCCUCAAUCUUCUUCUCCAAACUCCGAAUCAUCAUUGAGUGCUACCCCUCGUGCGCAAACCUCCCAGCCCGAGACUAAGAACGCACCCAAGGUGCCUUCCUACGACCCAUCCUCUCCCUCCUCCAUCCCUCAGACGCGCGCCGAUGUCCCAAUUGCCAAACAACCGGUCGCACCAGCCUUUGAUUCUCCUCUCGAAGUGACCAAGUCCCUCAUGUCGCGCCUCCCGCACCUGGCUGGUCAAUCGCCACACUAUAUCGUUGCAGAGCUGCACGCCCGGCCUUACCUCUUGACGGAGGGUGACCACGUCCGUCUUCCUUUCCUCAUGCCCAAGGUCAAGUCUGGAGACAUUCUCCGCUUCAACCGGGCCACCGCCCUUGGUUCGCGCGAUUUCACAAUGAAGGGCUCGCCGCAUCUCGAUGAACGCCUGUUCGAGUGCCGAGUCCGCGUCACUGGUGUCGAGUCGGAGCCCAUGCGCAUCAAGGAGAAGACGAAGCGGAGACAGCGACACACCAAGCAGGCCCGGAGCAAGCACCGCUAUACGGUUAUGCGGGUGAUGGAAGUUCGGGUGAAGACUCCCGAGGAGUUGUUGGAGGAGGGCGCCGUUGUCAUUGAGGAUAACGAGGAUACCCCUAAAAUUGAGGCUCGGUCAUGA